GUUGCGAACGAAACCUCCUGCAUAGGUUCUGUGGCAACGCACCGGCCGGAUAGCCGGAGAAUUUUCAUACCGGUAUACGGAUGGAGAUCAGUCUGACCUAUUUCCGGCGGUUGUUCUACUUCUCCAGUUGUGUGGCACCUCCGUCAUGUCUCCAUUCCCACAAGGAAUACUCUCGUGUUCCUGCGUUCAGUAGUACCAGCAGAAGCCAAAAGUGGCGAAAUCUUCUCAGAAAACUAGUGAGAGAAAGCAAGAGCAUCUGUGGAUCCAAGCCCUUAACGUUUCAUUACGACGCUGAGAGCUACUAUCAGAACUUCGACGAUGGUUUUCACAACGAAGACUCCAGAAGCAGGGUCUUGCUUGGAUCUACCAGUUCAGAAUUCAAGUUUAUUUCGUAGAGGAAAAAGAUCAAGGAGAAUAAAGACGAGACGAAUUUAUCAUUAUUGUCCAACACUGGAAUUGCUUACUUCACCAUGCGGAUGCAACCAUGGAUUAAUCGAUCAGCUUAGACAUCAACAUUAAUCAUUCUGUUAUAGUUAGAUGCGAGAGAUAAGGCAAUGAGCAUUACUUUUUCCAGGUCUAUCCUGGCACCAACAGAAGUGCUAUCUGGUGAUGUCUGUAGCAAGUUUUCUGCAUCAGAUAUUAAACAUUAUAGUACUGUGAACUGUAACUCUAACGUCAUAGCUUGGACUUUGACGUGAGGGGCAUGUUAAAGAAUUAAAACAGGAACCUCACCAAUCUAAGCUUUUACGUUUAACGGUUUCUUGAAAUCCACCCAUGAUCACAUUAAAUUUUAAAUGAAAUCUUAUUUGAAUAGUCUCUCGUUAA